AUGUCAAAACAGCCAGCGUCACAUGUCAGAGCCAUUCAGGCUAAUAUUAACAUCCCAAUGGGAGCAUUUCGACCUGGUGCAGGCCACCCUCAUAAAAGAAAAGAACUUGCACCUGAAGAAGUGGAGGAGAGUGUUCCUGCUUCGACAGAGGAGGAGAAAGACAAGAAACAUCUCCCAGGAGCAAAGAAACUUCCAGGUCCUGCUGUCAACUUGUCAGAGAUUCAGAACAUAAAGAGUGAGCUGAAAUUUGUCCCCAAAGCUGAACAGUAG